AUGCAUCGCGCGCUUCAAAUCCCAGAGAUUCUUCUCGAGAUUCUUGAAAUCUUGUCGCAAACUUGGUGGUCCUUUGACACUGCCGGACCGACGAUAAUGCUGAACGUUGCCCUGGUAUGUCGCGCCUUCAAGGACCCUAGCUUGGAUCAGCUGUGGAAGAAUAUGGGAGAUAUCACACCUCUCUUCAGGUUGUUGUCGCAUUUCGAGCCGGCGUCACAAGAGGAGGAGGAGGAGGAGGUUGGAGCACUUGGCGAUAUUCGUGGCCCCAUUUCGGAGUCGGAGCGCAGGACCUUCGUCACUUAUGCCAAUCGAGUCCGCUCGUAUGGAAGAUUCGGCGAAGAAAAUAUUGCUCUUGCCGCUUACAUCCAAGGCUUACAGCUCACAAACCGUCUUUCUCUGCUGCCCAAUCUGAGGACACUUCGCGUGUAUGCAAAAUGUUGGGAACCGGAGAUCCUUUUUUUCUUCUCUCCCUCUCUCCGUACAGUCACCCUUCGUGAAACCGAUUCAGAACACCGCCUUCGCCUCGGUUCGGCCCUCCAUAGCCUCCAGAGAGUAUCAGCAAACCUCACCAAGAUCGACGUAUCAACGCCGUGGAGCGCCACCUCGCAGAAUGCAAUAUCCAGCAUGUCUUUUUUGAAGAAUCUCAGUAUCACUUAUCCUGGUAAUAUGCAGGAACCCUACCAACUCGACAUCAACUUUCUGCUGGGCCUUUCCUGCUCAGAGUCUCUCUUGACUCUCUCCAUCGUAAAUUUCUGCCUCUUUUCUGGUCUCACAUCUAUGGGCCCACUUGCCGACCUGUUCCAGAACGCAAAAAUGCCAAAUCUCAAGGAGUUGGACGUCGACGUCUCACCCAGGCAAAUCGACGAAGGUGAAGCCACUCAUUGGACCGAUUUCUUCCGCAUCCUCCCGACCACUGCGUCCAAUCUCAAGCGCUUUGUCCUGGCUUCCAAGAUCUUGCCAAACGACGCUUCCUGGUCAAAUAUCAACCUGUCGAUCAAGGAUUUUGAACGCUUAUCGCAGUACGAUAUGAUCACAUUUUCCGUCUUCCCUCCUAUCCUUUCGACAUUUUCAUUGAGCGACAUCUCGAAACUCUUCUCAUGUUGGAAGAACCUGGAGUCGCUGACCUUGAGGACGCCGGCUCUAGGGUUCGAGGUACUUGUCGUCAUAGCGCAGUCUCUCCCAAAGCUCGCAUACCUCAACAUCGACAUCGACGGACGCCAACUUCCCGCUACAGACUCGAUCCCCGUUCUUGAACACCCCUUGAAUACUCUCAUGAUGUCUGGUCACUUGAUGCGGCCUUUGACCUUGGCACGUAUGAUCGACAGAGUUUUCCCUUGUCUCCGCUAUCCCGUAUUCUCUCCUUCCCAAGCCCCUUCCCAAGCCCAUGACGAUCAAUUGUGGGUGCAAGCAGGGAUGUUGAUCUGGAUGCUGAGGGAAGCCAGAGGCGAUGAAAGAAUGCGCGCCGCACCUCUAUUUUGCUUGCUGUUGCAUCUCGAGCUGGCGUUUCGAGACGAAGAGAAUGCUCUCAUACUUGGAGACAUCCGCGGCCCAAUUUCGGAGUCGGAGCGCAGGACCUUCGUCGCCUAUGCCAGUCGAGUCCGCUCGUACACAAGAUACGGUCAAGGAUUGCCCUCUCCGGUUAUAUCCAAGCAUUCCAACUACAAGGGCCUUCUACCCAAGUUGAUGACCCUCAGAAUCUAUGGAGAUAUUUGGGAGCCUCAGACUCUUUUUUUCUUGUCCCCUUCCCUCCGAACGGUCACCCUCCGUGGAACUCAUCCUGAAGACCGUAUGGCCUCCGCUCCCACCCUCUAUUCCAUUCAGAGGAUAACAGCAAAUCUGGCCUCCAUUGACGUUUCAACGGUGUGGAGCGCAGCCUGUCUGAGUGCGGCAUCUCGCAUGCACCGCCUGAAGCUCAAGGUCUCUCAUGUCGAUGCAGCAUAUAAAUCUUCGCAGCUCGACAUCAACUUCUUGCUGGGCCUUUCCUGCUCAGACUCUCUUGUAUCUCUCGUCAUCCGUGAUUUUCAUCUCUUUUCAGGCCCAUCGACGACCCAUAAACAAGUAACGCCAUUCCCUGCCCUCCGCUGCCUUCGUUUUAUGUCUGAUUCCAUACCUGUGCAGCCUUCUCCAGAAUGCGAGUAUGCCGAACCUCGAGGGAUUAGCGAUCUCUUCCUCAUUCAGGGGAAUCAACGAAAGCCAAGCUACUCGCUGAGAAAACUUUUUCCGUAUCCUCGCCAUUACCACGUCCAAACUCAAACUUUUGAACAUCUAUCACAAUACGACCUGACGACAUUUAAUGUCUCGCCUCCUAUUUUUUCAGCACUUUCACUUCAUGAUGUUAUCAAAUUGCUGUCAUGCUGGCCGAACCUCAAAUUGCUUACCCUGACGACGCCGGCUUUGGGGUUCGGGAUGCUUGUCGCCGUUGCCCAGAUGCUCCCGAAGUUGCGAUAUCUAGGCAUGCACAUCGAUGGAUGCCAACUACCCACUGCGGACUCGAUGCCCAUUCUUGAGCUGCUUGGGGACCCUCUCCAUGUCUGGUCAGUUGGAAUACCCUUUGACGUUUGCACGAUUGGUCGACAGAAUCUUCAUCUUCCCCAAUCUCCUCCAUACCUUGUUCGUUGCCGACCAAGACCCAGACGACGAGAUGUGGCUCCAGGCAGGGCUGAUGCUCAAGAUGUUGAGAGAUUCCAGAAGUGA